ACUCAGUUACGCGGCAGCCGGCCACCCGUGCGAGUGUACCGCUCUCUCCAGGGUAACCGAAGGUUUCACUUCUCCUAACACACAGGCUCUUUCACCUGUCUUCGAUUCAUUUUUUCUUUCUCUACUCGACGCUCCGCUCGGCUCCGAUCGACGCUGAGCACCGUCGAUUUAUUUCACGCGAUUAAGAUCGAUUAGUACGAGAGGGUUGGUUCUCGUACCUUCGGACACCUGUGCGAUCUCGUGUCGCGUGGUUCGAUCGUCGCGGUCGGUGAUCCCCCGGAGUGACAGAUCCGUCGAUCGGCCGAUCAGUGCUGAAUGGUAGCCGCGAUUGUCGGCGGCCUUCUUCGACCGGGAUCCAACAGCGCCAUUCGAGGAUCAGUUUUGACAGGAAGAGCAACGAUGUCGCGAUAAGCGACGAAGAAGGUCUCCAGGAUUCUGCAUGCGAGUGCCCAGAGCGGAAGUAUUCGGGCUCCUCGGUGGGGUGCUGACCUCCGACAACAUCAUCCGGAAGGACCUGUCUUGCCCUACGACGACGCACGCAGGGCAACUGCAUUCGCCGAACGGCGACAGCGACAACAGCAACGGUAGCCAGCGUGCGGUGGCUGUUACUCGCAGCGAGGUAGAGCAGCAACAGCCGCAUCGCCAACGGCAGCAGCAACGUCAGGCGACCGCUACCGUUCCGGUUCUCGCCUGCACUAAUCAAUCGUCUAUUACUACGCCCACGACCGCCUUCACGGUGGCAUCAAGCAUGCUUCUUCUGCAAACACAGAGCUCCUUCGGAUGUAGCAGUUUCGUGGAAUUGCUAAGUGGUCCUUACACAGACCCUGCGGAUGCCGGAAGCUUGCCCGAGGAGCUCGAUCCCUUUCCAGAGUUGCAGCUCGGGAAUCCGCAAGGCGUAUCUUCGGUCGAUGAAUCUGCUCAGUCUCACCAAAGUGUACACCAUCAGCAGCCAUCGCAACCACCACCACCACCGCCGCCUCUCCCUGAGGACAUCCAAGCAGAUUCUCUUAGUCCUACACCCUUGCCGAGCUUUCAAGAGACCUACACAGUGCAGCGAUAUACCAGACAGGAACUUCAGGGCCUCGGCAUCAAGAUGGACGAUGAAUGUUACGAUACCCCCGUAUAUCCUUGCACCGCCACUCACUAUCCAACCGACUUUCCGGUGUCCUAUCACGAGCAUCAACAGCAACAACCGCAGCAGCAGCAUUCUCACCAUCAUCCGCCACAUCAUCAACAACAGGCCCCGCAUCAUCAUCAAAGUUACUUUCCCGCGGAAUCGGCGCCCACUCCGGCAACAGCGGUCGUUCCGCCCUCGAAUCAUCGACAGGAUCCAUCCUAUGGUGUGGCUGUCACUGUACCUAUGGUUUAUGGGGCACCAUCAGCCAUCGCCAACGUCGCCACUCCUGUAGCUCCUAAUGAUCUCUGUCCGAAUGUCGACACUAGCGUUGUAAUUGGCACUUCCAGGUCGCGAAGGGCGUCGCUGCCUACUCAGAGGUCAGAGUCGGCAAGUAGUGGGAGCACAGAGUCCCCGAAGCCGCGCGGUAGCGGCACCGCGAGCUCCACCGUCAGUUCGCCGUCGCCCGGAAGCGGUACCAGUGGUGAACGCGCGCCCCCGAGCCCGAGUCAGCUCUGCGCCGUGUGCGGCGAUACCGCGGCCUGCCAACACUAUGGCGUGCGUACUUGUGAGGGCUGCAAGGGCUUUUUCAAAAGGACCGUGCAGAAAGGCUCCAAGUACGUGUGUUUGGCCGAGAAGGCUUGCCCGGUGGACAAGCGCCGGCGAAAUCGCUGCCAGUUCUGCCGGUUCCAGAAGUGCCUGAUGGUCGGCAUGGUCAAGGAGGUUGUUAGAACAGAUUCUCUGAAAGGUCGGCGAGGCAGAUUGCCUUCAAAGCCCAAGUCACCGCAGGAAUCUCCGCCGAGUCCGCCGGUUUCCUUGAUCACAGCUCUGGUUCGUGCCCAUUUGGAUACAACGCCGGACAAGGCGAGUCUCGAUUAUUCGCAAUAUCGACAACCGAGACCGGGCGAUCCCCCGAUGACCGAGGCGGAGAAGAUUCAACAAUUCUACAAUCUGUUGACGACCUCGAUCGACGUCAUCCGAAAUUUUGCCGAUAAAAUCCCCGGAUUCACGGAUCUAGUGCGGGAAGAUCAGGAACUGCUCUUCCAAUCAGCCAGCUUGGAACUGUUCGUGCUCAGGUUGGCGUACCGCACGAAUCCGGACGACACGAAGCUGGUGUUCUGCAACGGCGUCGUCCUGGCGUUGGAGCAGUGUCAGCGCAGUUUCGGCGAUUGGCUGCAUAGUAUUCUCGAGUUCUGCAAAGCCCUUCACUUCUUGGAGGUCGACAUCAGCGCCUUCGCCUGCCUGUGCGCUCUUACCCUCGUCACCGAGAGAUAUGGAUUAAAGGAGCCACAGCGUAUGGAACAGUUGCAGAUGAAGAUCGUCUCUUCUUUGCGCGACCACGUGACUUAUAACGCCGAGGCGCAGAGAAAGUCGCAGUACCUGUCUUAUUUACUAAGCAAGAUACCAGAGCUGAGGAGUCUCUCGGUCCAGGGUCUCCAGCGAAUCUUCUACCUGAAGCUGGAGGACCUGGUGCCGGCGCCGCCUUUGAUCGAGACGAUGUUUGUCGGUAGUCUGCCCUUUUAAACCGAGCCGAGCACAGUCUAGGACUCGUCAGCACAUAGAACAAUUACUUUCUCAGAUCCGUGCGGUUGCGUUAUCUUCGUUCUAAUUGCAUCCUUCUUAGUUCGCAUUACUACACGUAGCUUUAUUCUCUUCUUGCGUACAACUUCUCGCGCUAUCUAGCGGGUACAUUGCGGUCCUCGACGAAGCCUUACUUGACAUCUUCUUAUACUUGACGAAGAGUAUUCAUGAAGGGUUUGUCGAGCAGGAAGAGCAAAGAGAACCAUUACUGAUCGUGUACGAGUGAGCGCGAAAAUUGUCCGCGCGGUUUCAAUGCGAACGGUAAUCUUAUGUUAAGGGAAAGUUUUACGCGUGCAUGUGCGAGUGAAUGUGCAAAUGUGUGUGUCGCGUGUGAAUGCAAAUGUACAGAAUGCAUGGACGCAGGUCUCUGCAUGCGCGACGGAUGGCGGAACGUCGAAGACGUCGCCGUUUACUAUUAAUAGUAAGCUACUAUUGCUAUUACCGACGAGCGAGUCGGCGGGAGCGGAAAGCGGGCGUGAGGCGAAUUUGCGAGGCGGUUUCACUGUUCUCCCUCUUCUAGCUGUAGCAGAUUUCGCGCGGACUUGAAUGCGGACCGAAGGAGGAAUUCCUCUAUGAGACGGGAAGAUUUUCCGCGCGAAGGACGCGACGUUUUUCUCACUUUUCUAUCUAGUUUAUACGAGACUCUCCUUGCCUCGCCUCGCCUCGCCUCGUCCUUCCCGCGGCUAGCAUACGCGCGACUCGAGAACAUCUCGGUAAUAUCUUCGGCAGUACCUUGCCCGUCGCUGGAAAACGCAUCGGCGAUUUGCAACAUAUCAGAGCAAUGGCGAGGAGAGCAGCGCAUGAACGCUCUCUCGUCUUGACAGUAGACGUAGGAUGUGACUGUCGGUAGGACGUUCUCGACGGCCGGACGAUGCCGAGUGCAGAUGCCGAUGCAUCGAUUGAUUCAAAUGCGUGUAAAAAAUUGAUGCAAUUCUAUUCGUCGCAUAAUAUGUAUUUUUUAUUAUUUUUUUUUGUUUUAUAUCAUGUAGUCAUAUCUGUCCUAAUGUGCGCUUUGGAUUCUCGAGUCAAAUUGACAGACCGAGCGUAAGAAUAUAUAAAGAAUGAUAGAAAUUGAUGUGUAAGAGUAAACUAUGAGGUUCAUGUGCAUUUAACAAAUUGCAAUACGUGUCUCUUGAAUGUCUAUGAUAAUGGAAAAUGUGAGUUUAGGAACGUUAUUAUUUUAUGAGUUUAAGGAGAAUCAUAGAGAAGUUGUAUACUUCUCUAUUAAAGAUUAGAUUUCAAUCAUAGUAUUUUUAUACUUUUUACACAUUUUAUAUAUAUAUCAAUCUUUAAGGAGAUUAUCAAGAAUUUAACAAAUAUCUCAGAUUAUUAAUUAAUCUUAAAUCGUAAAAUAUUUAUUAACUAGAUAUUUUUACAAGCAUUUUACACAACUAGGUCCAUCCUAGUAAUUGAAAAUUGCAUAGUCUCACUAUAUAAAUGAUCAAUUAAUAGAAGAAAAAAACUUAAUGCAUCUUUUAAUUAAACCUCAUAUUUUUAUAUAAGAUCAGAAUCAGAAUAGCAUCUACAAAUAGAUUUUACAAUUAUAGUUUUAAUUCACAGACUUGAUUUAAAUAUUUUCGUCUUUGACAUAAACUUCAGAUUUCUUGGUUCGUGGAGCUUUUUUUCACAAUGCACUUACAACCAAACUCGGCAUCGUCAGUGCUAAUGGGACGUCGUCUAAAGUGCGUGAUCGAUAUCGAUCGGUUCUUUACCACUACUCUUGCGUUUAUGUGAUUUUAGAGAGCUAAGGCGAACAACCACGGGUCCACCUCGUUUGAGAAAAAAAAAGAGAAACAGACAGAAGGAGAGAGUAAGAGUGAGAAAAAAUUAAUUCAGCACGAUGGCGAGGCGGGCCCGGCUUAAAGUUACCUAUUACGUUAUGACAUUUACUUUUAAUCAAACUAACGUAGAGUGUCCUAUUUAUAUACGUAUAACGCGCCGCUACUACUACUUAACUACUACACAACUACUAUACUUUACUAUACCGUUAUACUUAUUACUACUCAUUAAUAGCGUUAUUACUCUAUGACGUUACUACCACUACUACCACUGUUACCAGCGUUACCUUUUACUACCACUUUGUGUUACCAUUGUCUCGCUACAGUAAGCUUCACCAUCGUCGUCGUCGUCGUCGUCGUUUUAAAACGUCCUUCAUCGCACCAGUGCCCUUCGAUUGACACGACAGACGAGAGAGAAUGCUAAGCAGGCAUUCUCGCCUCCAGAAUUACCGCAGUCGGCACGCAUCUCUCUUUUUGAUGUAUCUUGGUAUUUUAUUCACGUUCGCAAGUAAACCGUAAGAUAAAGUAAGAUUACAGAUCGGGAAUAACUUUGCAUUACAGCGAAAAAAAGAUUUUAUUAUUUUUACUGUUGAGAUAAAUAUGAAAAUUUGAAUGCAAAAAUAUAGAUAGAAAGAGAAAUACGUAAAAGAAUUCUCACUCUUUCUGAAAAUAUUAUUUUAUUUUAAAAAAUAUAUUAAAAAUUAGUAACU